ACCCGCGCCCUCUCCCUGUGCUGAGGCCGGGGGCGGGGAUAAGAACGUCAGUGUGGCCUGUCACUGAGGAGGAAGCAGCUUGUGUUCCCCUGCCAAUCACACCUCACUUCCGGCCUGUGCGUUCCAACCAACUUCCGUGUUUUGUGUUCCACCUCACUUCCGCCCUGUGCUUUUCAGCCCAAUUCUGGGGAUAUGCGUUCCACACACAGGAAGUGAUUUGUCUUCCCUAGCCGCAACUUCCGAGAGUAACGCGAGCGGGAGUGAAUUGUCCGGCGACAGCAGGAGUGGGCGUAUAUAGAAGAACACAGGGGUCUGUACAAGGACAUGAUGAUGGAGAAUCACCGUCCCCUCACAUCACUGGAUGGACCCAGUAACAGAGAUACCCCAGAGAGAUGUCCCCGUCCUCUGUAUUCCCAGGACUGUACAGAGGAGAAUCACAGGAUCCCACAGGAGGAUCAGGGUACGCACCUUUCUGAUAUGAAGGCAGAAGAUAUAGAGAUAGAAGAGACAUAUGUGACUGAUAUGAAGGCAGAAGACAUAGAGAGAGAAGAGACGUAUGUGACUGAUAUGAAGGGAGAAGAAGAGACAUAUGUGACUGAUAUGAAGGCAGAAGAUAUAGAGGGAGAAGAAGAGACGUAUGUGACUGAUAUGAAGGCAGAAGAUACAGAGGGAGAAGAAGAGACGUAUGUGACUGAUAUGAAAGCAGAAGAUCUAGAGGGAGAAGAAGAGACGUAUGUGACUGUUAUGAAGGCAGAAGAUACAGAGGGAGAAGAAGAGACGUAUGUGACUGAUAUGAAGGCAGAAGAUAUAGAGGGAGAAGAAGAGACGUAUGUGACUGAUAUGAAGGCAGAAGAUACAGAGGGAGAAGAAGAGACGUAUGUGACUGAUAUAAAGAUAGAAUAUAUAGAAGGAGAAGAAGAGACGUAUGUGAGGGGAGUUCAGAAGUGUAAGGAGGAGGAAAUCCCUACAGAUAUCAGAACAGCAGAUGGAGGCACAAGCAGGAAUUCCUUGGAGGGAGAUCUCAUCUUGUCUGCAGAUAGUAAAAUAGAAGAUAACAUCACACAGGAUUCUCCAGGAGACAUCCCCAUUACUCUAACUAUACAUCCAGUACCUCACAGCGCUGAUACUUCAUCUGUUCCCUCUAAUCGCAAUGACUGUUCAUCUAAUACCUCAGAUUUUGUUACACAUCGUGCAGCUCAUACAUGUGGUAAAAUAUUUACCUAUUCUGAGUGUGGGAAAAGUUUUACAUUUAAAUCACAACUUGUUACACAUCAGAGAAGUCACAAAGGUGAGAAACCAUUUCCAUGUUCUGAGUGUGGGAAAUGUUUUAUAUGCAAAUCACAACUUGUUGUACAUCAGAGAAGUCACACAGGUGAGAGACCGUUUCCAUGCACUGAGUGUGGAAAAUGUUUUGUAUGCAAAUCAGACCUUGUUAGACAUCAGAGAAUUCACACAGGUGAGAAGCCAUUUCCAUGUUCUGUGUGUGGGAAAUGUUUUAUACGUAAAUCAGAUCUUCUUAAACAUCAGAGAAUUCACACAGGCAAAAAAACAUUUCCAUGUUCUGAGUGUGGGAAAUGUUUUUUACAGAAAUCUGGUCUUGUUACACAUCAGAGAAGUCACACAGGUGAGAAACCAUUUCCAUGUACUGAGUGUGGGAAAUGUUUUCCAUUCCAAUCACAAUAUAUUAAACAUCAGAGAAGUCACACAGGUGAGAGGCCAUUUCCAUGCUCUGAGUGUGCAAAAUGUUUUCUGAAUAAAUCAAGUCUUUUUAGACAUCAGAAAUGUCAUACAGGUGAGAAGCCAUUUCUGUGCUCUGAGUGUGGGAAAUGUUUUAUACAGAAAUCACAACUUGUUUUACAUCAGAGACAUCACACAGGUGAGACGGCAUAUUCAUGCUCUGAGUGUGGGAAAUGUUUUGCACUCAAAACAGAACUUGUUAGACAUCAGAUUAGUCACACAGGUGAGAAACCAUUUCCAUGCUCUGAGUGUGGGAAAUGUUUUAUGUUUAAAUCAGAUCUUGUUAGACAUCAGAGAAGUCACACAGGUGAGAAGCCAUUUCUAUGCUCUGAGUGUGGGAAAUGUUUUAUACGGAAAUCAGGUCUUGUUAUACAUCAGAGAAGUCAUGCAGGUGAGAGGACAUUUCAAUGCUCUGAGUGUGGGAAAUGCUUUCUACGCAAAUCAGUGCUUAUUGAGCAUGAGCUAAUUCACACAGGGGAGAGGCCAUUUCCAUGCCCUCAGUGUGGGAAAUGUUUUAUACGCAAAUCAGAUCUUGUUAGACAUCAGAGACAUCACACAGGGGAGAAGCCGUUUCCAUGCUCUGAGUGUAGGAAAUGUUUUACAAGCAAAUCAAAUCUUGUUAUACAUCAGAAAUCACACGGGAGUAAAGCAUUACUAGAAGUGUUUUUUUUUCUUUCGCGGCAACUUCCGGGUUUCCCUCGAGCGAGAGUCAGUCGUCCGCAAAAGCAGGAGGGGGAUUAUAUAGAGGAACACAGGGGUCUGUACAAGGACUUGAUGAUGGAGAAUCACCAGCCCCUCACAUCACUGGGUGGGCCCAGUAACAGAGAUACCCCAGAGAGAUGUCCCUGUGCUCUGUAUUCCCAGGAUUUUACAGAGGAAAAUCACCGGAUCCCACAGGAGGAUCAGGGUGACCAACUUUCUGAUAUGAAGGCUGAAGAUAUAGAGAGAAAAGAGACGUAUGUGACUGAUAUGAAGGCAGAAGAUAUAGAGGGAGAAGAAGAGACGGAUGUGACUGAUAUGAAGACAGAAGAUAUAGAGGGAGAAGAAGAAACGUAUGUGACUGAUAUGAAGGCAGAAGAUAUAGAGGGAGAAGAAAAGACAUAUGUGACUGAUAUGAAGGCAGAAGAUAUAGAGGGAGAAGAAGAGACGGAUGUGACUGAUAUGAAGGCAGAAGAUAUAGAGGGAGAAGAAGAGACAUAUGUGACUGAUAUGAAGGCAGAAGAUAUAGAGGGAGAAGAAGAGACGUAUGUGACUGAUAUGAAGGCAGAAGAUAUAGAGGGAGAAGAGACGUAUGUGACUGAUAUAAAGGCAGAAGAUACAGAGGGAGAAGAAGAGACGUAUGUGACUGAUAUAAAGACAGAAGAUAUAAAGGGAGAAGAAGAGACGUAUGUGACUGAUAUAAAGGCAGAAGAUAUAGAGGGAGAAGAAGAGACGUAUGUGACUUAUAUGAAGGUAGAAGAUACAGAGGGAGAAGAAGAGACGUAUGUGAGGGGAGAUCAGAAGUGUAAGGAGGAGGUAAUCCCUACAGAUAUUAGCACAGCAGAUGGAGGCACAAGCAGGAAUUCCUUGGAGGGAGAUCUCAUCUUGUCUGCAGAUAGUAAAAUAGAAUAUAACACCACACAGGAUUCUCCAGGAGACAUCCCCAUAACUCUAACUAUACAUCCAGUACCUCACAGUUCUGAUACUUCAUCUGUUCCCUCAAAUCGUGAUGAGUGUUCUUCUCAUACCUCAGAUUUUGUUACACAUCGUGUAGCUCAUACACGUGGUAAAAUAUUUCCCUGUUCUGAGUGUGGGAAAUGUUUUACAUUCAAAUCACAUUUUGUUACACAUCAGAGAAUUCACACAGGUGAGAGACCAUUUCCAUGUUCUGAGUGUGGGAAAUGUUUUGCACAGAAAUCUGGUCUUGUUUUACAUCAGAGAAGUCACACAGGUGACAAUCCAUGUCCUUGUUCUGAGUGUGGGAAAUGUUUUGCACUCAAAUCACAGCUUGUUAAACAUCAGAGAAGUCACACAGGUGAGAGACCAUUUCCAUGUUCUGAGUGUGGGAAAUGUUUUGCACAGAAAUCUGGUCUUGUUACACAUCAGAGAAGUCACACAGGUGAGAGACCAUUUCCAUGUUCUGAGUGUGGGAAAUGUUUUGCACACAAAUCAGUUCUUGUUACACAUCAGAGAAGUCACACAGGUGAGAGACCAUUUCCAUGCUCUGAGUGUGGAAGAUUGUUUUUACGGAAAUCAGAUCUUCUUAUACAUCAAAGAAGUCACACAGGUGAAAAAACAUUUCCAUGCUCUGUGUGUGGGAAAUGUUUUGUACUCAAAUCACUACUUGUUACACAUCAGAGAAAUCACACAGGUGAGAGACCAUUUCCAUGCUCUGAGUGUGGAAGAUUGUUUUUACGGAAAUCAGAUCUUGUUAUACAUCAAAGAACUCACACAGGUGAGAAACCAUUUCCAUGUUCUGAGUGUGGGAAAUGUUUUACACAGAUAUCUGGUCUUGUUAAACAUCAGAGAAGUCACACGGGUGAGAAACCAUUUCCAUGCUCUGAGUGUGGGAAAUGUUUUGCAUGCAAAUCACAACUUGUUAGACAUCAGAGAAGUCACACAGGUGAGAAACCAUUUCCAUGCUCUGAGUGUGGGAAAUGUUUUACAAGCAAAUCAUAUGUUGUUAAACAUCAGAAAUCACACAGCAGUAAAGACGAUCUGGACACCCCCCAACCCCCUCAAGUGGAUAUUGAUGCUUUCCUGCAAUCCUUAUCCCUUCCUUCCUUGGAUUCUGCAGCCUGCCUGUCCCUUAGCUCCCCCUGGACUACGGAUGAAAUAAUUGCGACCAUUGACUCGUUUCCAUCUGAUAAAGCUCCUGGGCCGGACGGAUUCCCCGCUAUCUUUUAUAAAUCUUUUAAAGCUGAGCUGGUUACAGUCCUGUCGUCCGUGUUUGGCGAAGCUACGUCGGUUGGGUGUUUCCCAAAGGAAAUGCUUGGUGCACGAAUAGUGACCAUUCCUAAACCUGGGAAAUCCCCUUCAGUGCAAAACUACAGGCCUAUAGCCUUGUUAAACAUGGAUAUCAAGAUAUAUGCAACAAUAAUUGCUAAUCGUGUUUGCCCCUUUUUGUCCCUUCUUAUUAAACCGGAUCAGGGUGAGCACCUUUCUGAUAUGAAGGCUGAAGAUAUGGAGAGAAAAGAGACAUAUGUGACUGACAUGAAGGCAGAAGAUAUAGAGGGAGAAGAAGAGACGUAUGUGACCGAUAUGAAGGCAGAAGAUAUAGAGGAAGAAGAAGAGACAUAUGUGACCGAUAUGAAGGUAGAAGAUAUAAAAGAAGAAGAGAUGUUUGUGAGGGGUGAUCAGAAGUGUAAGGAAGAGGAAAUCCCUACAGAUAUUAGCAUAGCAGAUGGAGGCACAAGCAGGAAUUCCUUGGAGGGAGAUCUCAUCUUGUCUGCAGAUAGUAAAAUAGAAGAUAACACCACACAGGAUUCUCCAGGAGACAUCCCCAUAACUCUAACUAUACAUCCAGUACCUCACAGUGCUGAUACUUCAUCUGUUCCCUCUAAUCGCGAUGAGUGUUCUUCUAAUACCUCAGAUUUUGUUACACAUCGUGUAGCUCAUACACGUGGUAAAAUAUUUCCCUGUUCUGAGUGUGGGAAAUGUUUUACAUUCAAAUCACAGCUUGUUAACCAUCAGAGAAGUCACACAGGUGAGAGACCAUUUCCAUGUUCUGAGUGCGGGAAAUGUUUUGCACAGACAUCUGGUCUUGUUACACAUCAGAGAAUUCACACAGGUGAGAGACCAUUUCCAUGUUCUGAGUGUGGAAAAUGUUUUGCACAAAAAGCAGUUCUUGUUACACAUCAGAGAAUUCACACAGGGGAGAGACCAUUUCCAUGCUCUGAGUGUGGAAGAUUGUUUUUACGGAAAUCAGAUCUUGUUAUACAUCAAAGAAGUCACACAGGUGAAAAAACAUUUCCAUGCUCUGAGUGUGGGAAAUGUUUUGUACUCAAAUCACUACUUGUUACACAUCAGAGAAAUCACACAGGUGAGAAACCAUUUCCAUGCUCAGAGUGUGGCAAAUAUUUUGCACGCAAAUCACAACUUGUUAGACAUCAGAGAAGUCACACAGGUGAGAGGCCAUUUCCAUGUUCUGAGUGUGGGAAAUGUUUUGCACACAAAUCAGUUCUUGUUAAACAUCAGAGAAGUCACACGGGUGAGAAACCAUUUCCAUGCUCAGAGUGUGGCAAAUAUUUUGCACGCAAAUCACAACUUGUUAGACAUCAGAGAAGUCACACAGGUGAGAGGCCAUUUCCAUGUUCUGAGUGUGGGAAAUGUUUUGCACACAAAUCAGUUCUUGUUACACAUCGGAGAAGUCACACAGGUGAGAGACCAUUUCCAUGCUCUGAGUGUGGAAGAUUGUUUUUACGGAAAUCAGAUCUUGUUAUACAUCAAAGAAGUCACACAGGUGAAAAAACAUUUCCAUGCUCUGAGUGUGGGAAAUGUUUUGUACUCAAAUCACUACUUGUUACACAUCAGAGAAAUCACACAGGUGAGAAACCAUUUCCAUGCUCUGAGUGUGAUAAAUUGUUUUCACACAAAUCAGAUCUUGUUAAACAUCAGAGAAGUCACACGGGUGAGAAACCAUUUCCAUGCUGUGAGUGUGGGAAAUGUUUUGCACGCAAAUCACAACUUGUUAGACAUCAGAGAAGUCACACAGGUGAGAGGCCAUUUCCAUGUUCUGAGUGUGGGAAAUGUUUUGCCCAGAUAUCUGGUCUUGUUUUACAUCAGAGAAGUCACACAGGUGAGAGACCAUUUCCAUGUUCUGAGUGUGGGAAAUGUUUUGCACAGACAUCUGGUCUCGUUAAACAUCAGAGAAGUCAAGGUGAGAAACCAUUUCCAUGCUGUGAGUGUGGGAAAUGUUUUGCACGCAAAUCACAACUUGUUAGACAUCAGAGAAGUCACACAGGUGAGAAACCAUUUCCAUGCUCUGAGUGUGGGAAAUGGUUUACAAGCAAAUCAUAUGUUGUUAAACAUCAGAAAUCACACAGCAGUAAAGCAUUACUAUGAGCUUAUACACAACAGGUUUGCAGCAACACUCCAGUCACACAGUGACACUCAAAUUAACCGUCUGCAGAUAAUUGGAAUGCGUGUCAUUAAUAUAAGACUGAAAAUGAUCACUCAGAUGAAACGUACAGUAUUUCUUUAUUCCUGUUGACAGGGCCGGACUGCCCAUCUGUCACCUCUAG